UCGAGUGCUCAGUGUAAACUGUAUGUUUUAUCGAGAUGAGUGUAAAACCAUCAAUACAGAGAUUUCCAUCGAGAAAAAUUAAAAUGUCCGAGCAAAAGAAUAAGACAGAGGCUACAGUGCCUGUGGGGCAGUUUGUCCGGAGAAAAGGCACAAUUAGAAAAGGUGUUCUACCAGAGGUGAUCAAUACACCGAAGUUACCUGUAGACCUGCACAAAGUGACCGUGUUGUCCACAUCAGACUGGAAGAGAAUCCAGGACAGUGUGAAUCGUGUGAAAGAAGAGCAGGAUCGUCUUGAUGCAGCUGCGAGAGAGCGAGAGGCCUUGCACCUGCGCUCCAAAGAAGUGGUCAAAAACUGGCCUGACUCCCUAGCUGCACAGCGGCAAAAGAGGUUAGAAUCAAGGAGAAUUAGAAAGGAAAUUGAAGAGGAGAAGAGGAAGCAGCUCGACUUGGAGGAAGCAGAGUUUCAAGCGAUGAAAAGAAAGGAAGCAAUAGAGAGGGCCAAAACCCUGCAGUUCCUCCAGACAGACAGAGUGAAAAGAUUUCAUAGUGCUGUGCGGAUGACUGAAGUCCUGAAGGAGAGGGAGGCUCAGAUUGAGCUGAAAAAAAGAAAAGAAAUUGAGGCUAAAAAAGAAAAAGACGAGAUCUCGGCCAUGAUCGCACAAAACACGGAGCUGGCUUUACAGGAGCAGCGAGAGAAAGCUGAGGAGAGGAAGCAGAAGCGCCUGGCUCAUGCUGAGUUUUUGAAACAACAGGUUAAGGAGCGUGACCAGGCUAGAGAGAAGGAGAUGAUGGAAAAGAAGAAAGAGGAAGAAGAACUCAGGCAUUUCCAAAAGCUUUAUGAAAUGGAACAAACCAUGCUCAAGCAGAAGAAGCAAGAGGAGAAGAGAAAGCGCAAGAAGGCUUUUCAAGAAGAGUUUGCCAAUAAGAAAAUCUUCGAAGCAUCUAACGCCAAGAAACAGGAGAUGGAAGAAGAGAAACGGAAGCUUGUUGUUGAGGCCAAAGACAAACAGAUGAAACUUAGGAAGGAAAAAGAGGCAGAGAUGUUCAGAGAGUUUCAGAGACCCAGGGAAAUCGUUGCAGACAGACUGGCAGAAUUUCUCGCGGCGCAAAGCGACGAUGAGGAUGAGGUGAUCUCCAGGGCAGCUGCAGAAGCUGUGGCCAAGAAGGAUAAAGAACAGCGUGAGAAGGAGAAGAAGAAGGCUGCUGUGUUGAGGAGUAUUGCUGAACACAGAGAAGCUGUGCAUAAAGAGCUGAAGUGCAGGAAGCAGAAGGAGAAGCAGGAGGCUGCUGAGACGCUUAAAGCAAACAAAGCAGCAGAUUUCCUUUACCAUCAAACUCAGAAAAUCAAGGCCCAGAAAAAGAAAGAGGCAGUCAAACUGCUACAAGACUCAUAUGUCCAUCAGAUGAAUGAGAAGCAUGCGAAGAAGCAGCUCAGGGAAAAACAGAAGCAGGAAUGUAAAGUGAGGAAUGCACAGUUUAUUGCAGAGGAAGAGAAGCAGUUUCAGACUUAUGCCAAGGAUGUGAUAGAGACAGCUAGGAAGGGUCAGAGGAACACCUCCAUCCUGCACAAGGCCUCAAAGGUGGGCAUUGGUGGAGGACGUGGACCUGUGUUUGGAGUCAUUAGACCGAGUUACCAAGUGCAGGAUAAAUCAGGAGUUCAGCUGCCCAGUUAUGUGCGCAGAAAGAAGCUGGAUGUGACUACCUACAUGCAGGAGUCUAGAAAGCGGCUGGGAUUUACUGGGUGAUCGUGAGAUGUAUUGCUGAUGUUCUGACAAGAUAUACAGAACUUCUCUUUGAAUUCGGUUCCCAGGCAAAUUCCGGAUAAAACAUGUCACAUGAUCAAAGCUAGCUAAUAUUUUUCUCUCUCUCUGUUCUCUGUCUGUCUCUGUCGAGCUAUACGUCCCACUCCCUAGCUCCCAGUGUUCUGAGUUUCCAGUGUGACCACUCUAGCACUGGUUGGAGUCUCGUGGCUUGGUGAUGCUCACUGCUGCUGGGGAUAGAUCUGGAUGGACAGCCUGUGACCCAGUCAGUUCACAGCAGGAAGGAAUUAGUGCUAUGUCAAUAAUGAGCUCAGAAACUAUACUGACCUAUUAGUUCCUCAAGAGCUCUUGGUUGCACAAUUCUUCCUGAUUAUAAACUGUAAUAAUACUGUACAGGCGAGUUAUACACCGAUCAGCCAUAACAUUAUGACCACCUGCCUAAUCUUGUGUUGGUCCCCCUUUUGCUGCCGAGGCAUGGACUCCACUGAAGGUAUGUGCUGUGGUAUCUGGCACCAAGAUGUUAGCAGCAGAUCCUUCAAGUCCUCUAAGUUGUGACGUGUUGCCUCCAUGGAUCAGACUUCAGCACAUCCCACAGAUAUUGUGGGAACAGAUAUUUCACAGGGAAAUUGUGAGGCCAAGUCAACACUUCAAACUUCUUGUUCUGCUCAUCAAACCAUUCCUGAACAAUUUUUCCUUUGUGGCAUGGCGCAUUAAAACAUUCCCCAAAGCAUGACACUGCCUCUGCCGGCUUGUCUUCUUCCCAUAGUGCAUCCUGGUGCUGUGUGUUUUCCUGGUAAGUGAUGCACACGCACCUGGUCAUCCACUUGAUGUAAAAGAAAAUUCAUCAGACCAGGCCACCUUCUUCCAUUUCUCCGUGGUCCAAAUGCCCAUUUUUGGCACUUUUGGCAGUGCACAGGGGUCAGCAUGGGCACCCUGACUGGUCUGCGGCUAUGUAGCCCCAUACUCAACAAACUGAUGCACUGUGUAUUCUGACACCUUUCUAUCAGAACCAGCAUUAACUUCUUCAGCAAUUUGAGCAACAGUAGCUCGUCUGUUGGAUCGGAUCACGCGGGCCAGCCUUCACUCCCCACGUGCAUCAAUGAGCCUUGGCCGCCCAUGACCCUGUCACCGGUUCACCACUGUUCCUUCCUUGGACCACUUUUGAUAGAUACUGACCACUGCAGACCGGGAACACUCCACAAGAGCUGCAGUUUUGGAGAUGCUCUGAUCCAGUGGUCUAGCCAUCACAAUCUGGUCCUUGUCAAACUCGCUCAAAUCCUUACACUUGUCCAUUUUUCCUGCUUCUAACAUCAACUUUGAGGACAAAAUGUUCACUUGCUGCCUAAAACAUCCCACCAACUAACAGGUGCCAUGAUGAGGAGAUAAUCAGUCUUAUUCACUUCACCUGUCAGUGGUCAUAAUGUUAUGGCAGAUCGGUGUACAUCUCCCUUUG